UGGAACAUUUGAAAGUUUAAACAACUCAUCAUACUGGUGUCACUGUGUUUCUUGUCUAUUUCCUGUCCCCCCUCCCCUUAUCCAAGAGGAUACAUGUGUGAGUAAUGGGAGGGGCGAAGGCUUAAUAUAAAUAGACAUCGCUGACAAACUCUUCAGUCCCAGUGACAACCAGUCAAAGAGUCUGAAUCGGCAAACUGAAAAACAGAGAUCUCUACAACAACAAGCAAGAGGAAAUGAAACAGGAAAUUAGCACAAUGGAGGAUGGUAGCACACAAGGCCGUAUGGCACCUACUGUAAUUUCCAAGUUGAAGAUCAGAAACGAAUGCAUUCGAGUGUUCUUCGCAGAGACCCUCUGCACGUUCAUCAUGAUGGUGUUUGGCCUUGGUGCCGUUGCUCAAGUGGUCACAGGAAAUGGUGUUUUUGGAGAGUAUUUGAGCAUAAAUCUAGGCUUUGGGCUGGGGGUGGCUAUGGGUGUGCACGUUGGUGGAAAGGUGUCAGGAGCUCAUAUGAAUGCAGCCGUUUCGUUCACAAUGUGCGUGUUUGGCCGCUUGCGCUGGAAGAUGCUCCCGCUGUAUGUUUUCGCACAGUUUCUGGCUUCCUUCCUUGCUGCCGGGACCAUUUAUUUACUUUAUUAUGAUGCUAUACAUCAUUACUGUGGAGGCAAUCUCACUGUGUCGGGCCCUUAUGCAACAGCUGAGAUCUUCGCUACGUAUCCAGCACCUUACAUCUCAAUCUACAUUGGAUUCUUUGAUCAGUUUCUGGGCACUGCCGUGCUGUUGCUGUGUCUGAUGGCUCUGGCAGACCAGAGGAACCAGCCGGUCGUGACUGGAGGUGAGCCUGUGGGUGUAGGGCUCCUGGUGCUUCUCAUUGGCGUCUCCUUGGGCAGCAACAGCGGCUAUGCCAUCAAUCCUACACGAGAUCUGGGGCCGAGAGUCUUCACACUGAUGGCAGGUUGGGGCAUGGAGGUUUUCAGGGCUGGAAAUGGCUGGUGGUGGGUGCCUUUGGUGGCCCCCUUUAUCGGUGGAGUGACUGGGGCAUUAAUCUACAAAGCAUUUGUAGAGCUACACCACCCUGAUCUUAAGAGCACUAGGGCCGGGCAUACACUGUGUGAAGUCUGUGGGACCUCCGUACCACUUCAGCAAGGUGUCAGCUAGUGCCAUUUAUGUGCCCACACUAUACAGUCAGAUUGUCUAGCGCUAUUUAUGUGCUCAUACUGAAAUAUACGGGUUGCACAUGCGUAGACGAUGACACCAUAUAUAUGGACAAUAGGCAGACAAAAACUAUCUGAGUAUAUGGCAUUUCAAAUUAAAGUAUGAAAUUAUCAUCAUUAUUAUAGUUUUGUUAUUAAAUCUAGGUCUACCAUUUAUUUGCUCUGCAAUAAGCUCAUAGCGCUAUUUAACGCGCAACUAAGGCGCAGAUAAUAAAAGAUUUAAUUAGAUCAUGCCUUAAUGAAAAUUUUGUACAUUUUUGCUUUCUGUAGCUUAAUGAAUUGAUUGGAUUUUUAAAACCUCACGGGCAUUACAUUCAUGGAGUAUGCAUAUCGUAUGUGUGAUAGCCUACGCACUAAAGUUUAAAUAGUUAAGGGAAAAGCACUGAGUUUAGGGCAGUCGGUUCGUAGCUCUGCUUCAGCGGUGAGAUACCCUCAUGAGGGGCGAACCAAAUUUCGGUGGAAUGUCAGAAAUUCAUCCUGUCUGAUUGCCUUUUGGGAGAGGAUAAUCGCUUCUUAUUUCCCCUGUACACUGCAAGACAAACAUCAAAGCUCAAAUUUGGCCCAACUUGAAAAAAAAAAAAAAAGUCGCAUGGUUCAGAAUUCGGCUCAAAAU